GUGGACUCUGUGGGGCUAGAGAACGAUUCGUCAAAUUUGAAUAGAAAUUUGGGACCUGAUUUGGACUUCCUGAUUGUCGUCAAAGUGGUGUUAAUGGGUUGCUGAAAGUGUUCAGGCUUCAGGAAUAAUUUUUAAUGCAGAAUGAAACGGACCCCUUUGGAAGUAUGAGGUUAAUCUUUCAGUAACAAGUGGAAGCUCCGUCAAGUGUACAAUCGGCUGACAAACUGACGAAUCAAAAUGCUGACAUCAGCAUCAUAUCACCAUAUUUUCUGCGUCUUCGCAGCCUCCAUCUUGCUGUUUUCGCAGAGAGGGACUUCGGAUGGACUAUCAUUUAGCUUGGAGGAUAUUGAAGAGGCGAUCACCAGCAUCAUUGGAGGAACUAUAGCAGCACCUGGUUCAACUCCUUGGCUGGUGUCCCUGAAGGAUGUCAGAUUUUCACAUCCUGUUCACUUCUGUGGGGGCACGAUCCUUAACCACCGGUGGGUCCUGACGGCGGCCCAUUGCAUCCAAGGAUAUGAUAACCCCUUUCAGGAUAUUGAGGUAGUCGUAGGUGACUACAACCUGGACGAUAUCGACUUGCUUUGGGAGAGGAAGAAAAACAUAUUGGAAGUAAUUGUUCACCCACUGUACAAUUACUUCACCCGUGAAUUCGACGUCGCCCUCAUCCUGGUAUCCUCUUUGAUUUCAUACAACAAGAGAGUGAAGCCUUUACCCUUGCCUCCUUCGGUAGGAGCGUUCCCCGCCAUCGAAACUGACUCUGAUGUAGUAGUAGUAGAUGGCGCCACCGACUUGCCUUUCUCUAUUUCAAGGGAAAUGAAGUCUUUCCGGAGCCGUUGUCGUUGCCCUGUAGUGCACUCGCCCUUUCGCCACAGUAAAAGGAACUUCGGCCACAUUGCCGGUUGGGGCAGCACAUCUCAGAGCCACGGCGGCGCUCCCUUCGGAGUGAAUGUGGUCCACGAGGCUUUCGUCCCCAUCGUCAAAAAGGACGUCUGCCGUUCCCUCUACCACGGAAUCUUCACCGACGCCAUGAUGUGCGCCGGGAAUCUAACCUAUGGGGGCGUCGAUCCUUGUCACGGGGACUGGGGAGGACCUUUAGUCGAUUCCCUCGGAUACCUGAGGGGCGUCUCCUCUUGGUCCGUCGGCUGCGGUCGUCCGGGGCAUCCUGCCGUGUACGUGGAUAUUCACGCCGUGCGAGACUGGAUUUGCGAAGUCAUCGACGGGGACAACGACUGUUCCUAGUCCCAGAUUCCCAGGAGUUGAUGGGAGAAGAAGGAAGGUUCGUGGGACGUGUAAACAAAAUGUCUGAGCUGUUAGGGGAACUUGGGGUUGUCCUCAUGGAACGUUUAUUCGGAAGUUUUGAUGCACGUUUGUACAAAACGUUUGGCACAAUAAUCAGGCGAUUGUCAUAUUAGUUCGUCUAGAGGAAAUUUAAUUUGCUAGAUGCAGGUUGGACGUCUUGGAUUAUCUUUUCUUUUUUUUAUUUGAAAUGACUUCCUUUGGUCCUUGAUGUAUAAUUAAAAUAGUUGAUUGUA